GAGCGGAGCGCGGCGGGAGGCGGGAGGCGGGAGGCGGGCGCUGUCCAUGGCCCUGCGGAGCGCUGGGCCGCCCCGGGCUCCGCCGCGCCGCCGAGCGGAGCGAUGGGCAACACGGUGCACAAGACCCUGGCAGACACAAGCCACCAGACCCGCUCUGUCUCCAGCCGCCCCUACUACAGUUUGCCCAACAACAGCCAUGAGAGGCGCUCGGUCCUCGCCAUCACGGAGCCUCCGCGUUUCCACUCCCAAGCCAAAGGCAAGAACGUGCGCUUAGACGCUCACUCCCGCAAGGCCACGCGGAGGAACAGUUUCUGCAAUGGGGUCACCUUCACCAAUCGACCCAUCCACCUCUACGAGAAGGUCAGGCUGAAGCUGGUGGCUGUGCACCACGGCUGGAGUGGGGCUCUACGCUUUGGCUUCACCAUUCAUGACCCGUCGCAGAUGAGCUCUGAGGAGAUACCAAAGUACGCCUGUCCGGACCUGGUGACCCGACCCGGUUACUGGGCCAAAGCUUUGCCAGAGAGGUUUGCUGUGAGAGACAAUAUCUUGGCCUUCUGGGUUGACCGUCACGGGAGAGUCUUCUACAGUAUUAAUGAUGAGGAGCCAAUAUUGUUUCACUGUGGUAUUAAAGUUUCUGGUCCUCUCUGGGCACUCAUAGACGUCUAUGGAAUCACCCAUGAAGUGCAAAUACUAGACAGCAUGUUUGCAGAGACCAUGACCUCUGCCCGUCUCAGCACCGCCCGUCUCAGCACUUGCCUUCCGCAGAGCAACCACGAUUCAGCCAACUUCAACAACAACGAGCUGGAGAACAACCAAGUGGUGGCCAAAAUUGCAAACCUAAACCUAAGCAGAGUCCCAGGGCUUGGGACAGACAACCACAUCAUCCCCUGCUGCCCCAACCGACGGCCACGUGCCCAGGGGGUGCCCGCCUUCCUGGACACAGACCUGAGGUUCCACCCCACCCGUGGACCUGACAUCACCUUUUCUCAGGACCGGAUGGUUGCUUGUACCAACUGGCAAGAGAGCAACAGGACUUUGGUGUUUUCUGACCGGCCUUUGCACAUCGGUGAAAGCCUCUUUGUGGAAGUAGGACAUCUUGGCUUGCCAUACUAUGGGGCCCUUUCGUUUGGCAUCACUUCUUGUGAUCCGAGUACUUUACGGACAAACGAGCUCCCAGCAGAUCCAGACUUUCUCUUGGACCGCAAGGAGUACUGGGUGGUUUACAGAGCCUUCCCAGUCCUCAGCAGUGGUGACAUUCUCAGUUUCAUGGUCUUGCCCAACGGGGAGGUGCACCAUGGAGUGAAUGGAGCCAGCCGAGGAAUGCUAAUGUGUGUGGACACCUCACAGUCUCUCUGGGUGUUUUUUACAAUCCAUGGUGUAAUCAACCAGCUCAAAAUCCUGGGCACUGUGCAGUCCAGCCCAGUGACCGUCUCUCCCUCAGGAUCCCCUGGUGGCUCACAGUAUGACAGUGACUCAGACAUGGCCUUCAGUGUGAACAGGUCAUCCUCUGCUUCAGAGUCAUCGCUCGUGACUGCUCCCAGCUCCCCUCUGAGCCCCCCCAUCUCUCCUGUCUUCCCCCCUCCAGAGCCAUCAAGCAGCAAGAACGGGGAAUGCACCGUCUGCUUUGACAGCGAGGUGGACACGGUGAUCUACACCUGCGGACACAUGUGCCUCUGCAACACCUGUGGUCUUAAACUGAAGAAACAGCUCAAUGCCUGCUGCCCAAUCUGCCGUCGGGUCAUCAAAGAUGUUAUUAAAAUCUACCGUCCGUAGCGCCCGGCGGGGGCUGUGGGAAGGGGGAACCCGCUAGCAGUAACCUCGCCUUUCCGUCCCUGCUUCUGGGUUAUUGUGCUGGUCAGUUGUUAAUCAAGUGGCUUGUAAUCUGUGUUUCCUUAUUUGGCUGGUAGGGCACAAUUCAGGGAUAAAAUUGAGCUGAGAAUCAUCUGGGGCCCCAAAGGCACCACUGCCAUGCUGACCUAGUCGUGUGCCCAUGGGUGAAUUUGGGGAAUCACGGUCUGGGCCUGACCCAGCUGCAAAUGAGAAAUUUCCCACUUUCAGAUGUUCUUUCUUUCCUCCUCCAGAGGAGCUCACAGCAGUGCUUGUUGGGAAGAGGAGGUUGCCACUUGGUCGGGGCCAGGUGCCACUGGACUUCCCAACCCCAAAACUCCAGCAUCUCUGGACUGCUGCCCCAUGCGUGCACUGUGGUAGAACAAGAUUAGGACAAGUGGGAGGGUUCAAAGUGGAUAAAGUUGAUCUGGAAAUAUCAUGUUCAUCUCUAGAAGGUGAACUAGCUAAGACCAAAUAGUAGCACAGCCAGACUGUCACUUGCUUGGGUUUUGCUCUCCUAAAAAGGCUUCUGGGGCAUGUGGAGUACCUGGUAUGGACUUGAAUAAAGCAGCUUUUGCUUUCUGUGGCAGAGCAAGGACUUUUGGCCAGGGAGGUUGAGAAUUAGGAAGCAGCCACAGAUUAGCAGUGAGGAGCGUGAGGAGUGGGGCUCAAUCUUUCUCCUGCCCCCGCCCCGCCCCCGGGAUUUUGGGGAGUCCGUGGUGAGAAAUUAAUUUCUCACUCAGUCCCAACAGGCUCACUGUUUUUUGCUGAAGACUCUGUAUGAGCUGAUUUUACCUGUUUUUUCCUCCUGCCUUUCCGGGUUUUUUCCUGCACAGCUCUCAGCUGCUUGGAUACUGAGUCCCAACAGUAAAUGAGAACUUGUUGAGAUGAACAGGGCUUGGCUUUACUUGGGAGAAGGAAAAAAAGGCUCUGAGGCUAUUACUAAAUCUUGGGACUUAAAGGGUAAAUGGGUUUCAGCUGUGAUAUUAGACAGCUACAAGCAUUCCCAUGACCUGGGUGCUGCACUUGCUUACAGACUCGCACUCAGCCCUGUCCUGGCCUUGCUCUGCAAUCCAGGAGAGCACACCCUGGGGAGCAGCUCAUCCUCCUCCAGCAGUGGGCUGUGGCUGCCAAUGGGCACAAAAACUUUUUUUUUUUUUUAAAUUUUUUUUUAAUUGAAGAGCUUAUUAACAUUUUAAUUAAGUGUCUAAAUGAGAAGCUUCAGAGGGGCAUCUCACCCGCUGCCCUCUGCAUCUGCAGGAGAGCCUGCUGGCUUUGCAGAACCCUUUUUGGAAAUCUGGCUCCUGCCACUGUCUGCUGCUGCUCAGCAGAGCCACAGGCACAGAGACUGCAGUAAGAGUUCACCUACACCUUUUGAAAAGAAAGUUUCCAUCAGCUGGAGGCUUGCCCAGACCACCAGGCUGCCCUCUGCCCCGGGGACCGCAGGCGGUGCCUUUGCAGACCUCUCCCCUCUCCCCUGUUUGCAGGUCAGGGUCUGUCUGCCCACUCAUCAGUGGGAACCACGAUGGCAAAGAAUGAGAACAUGGGAUGAAAGGCCAGGUGGGUUAAUGCCUGCCUGGUGACCAGGCUGCAGUGGGAGCCUUUGCACGAGGGGGAAUUCAAGGGAAGCUGUCCCAGUCCACAGCAAGCAAUGCCAGCUUGGAUCAAGUCUGGGCUAGCAAACACCAGCAGCUGCCCCUGAGGCUGCUGUCCUGAUUCCAGGGAUGCCCCAUCCCUGUAGUUGGCUGACAAUGGUUGUGUGGAUGGGUGGAGCAGCCCCAUUUGCUUGCCUGACACCUCAGGUCCUCAAUGAGGGGAGUGACUGCAUGCCUUGGGUGGCAGUUGUUUUUUUAUUUUAUAGAUAUAUAUAUAGUCCUCUCCUCUUCUCCUCUCCUUCUUCUCCUUUACUCUUUAAAUCAGCAAGAAGAAAUACUGAAUCCACCCCAGGCUGUGCCUGAGCCAUUCAGGACACAUUGCACAGAUUGAAUUUUUGCUGUAGUUUCCAGAAGGGCAUCAUUCCAGCGGGGCCAGUGAGGGACUCAGCUCAGUCAGGGUUCAGAGGGUGGCCAUCCAGUGAGUGGGACAUGAAAGCAGAGGACAUGUCACCCUGCCUGUCCAAAAGCAACAGGAAUUUUCCAAAAUAGGCCUCUUUAAAAAAAAAAAAAAAAAAAAAAUUCCAGGAAAAGGUAGCCUCUUACAGAUUUAAUUGUUAGUACUCGUAUUGCUAUUUUUUUUAAACAGUCUGAUGAUGAUAUAUGAUUUGUACAGAAGAUCUGUUUGUGCCUUAUAAGGGUGUCUGUGCACUUUUUAUCCUUUUUAAAGCAACUUUUAAAAAGAAAAAAAAAAAAAGAGGGGGGUAAAACAACACAGAUCAAUGGUAGUUUUAUAGAAUUUUGUGUUCACUGAGAAUCCUGCUUUUUUAUAUAUAUAUACAUAUAUAUAUAUAUUAGAGUGAAAAAGUGUUUAUUCCCAUGGAUUCCUCUCCCACGUCUCCCCCUAAACUAUUUGUUUCAAAAUUUUAAAAAAGGAAGGAAGAAAGAAAAAGAAGAGAUGGGGGAAGUGUUUUACUUCCCCCUUCCCAAGACAGCUACUCUAUUCCCAUUUAUGAUUCAAUACUGUGACCUGUACAUCAUGUUUAAGCUGAAUCAGAUUUUGGAUCUCUGUAUUAGGCUUUUCAUGGAAAUCAUUUGGGGGACUGGGGUGGGGAGGGCAUCGCACGAGGGAGGGAACUGCACUUCUACUUGUCAGUGCUCUAUAGCGUUGUGGUCAGUGCUGUGUGUUUUACUUUUGUCCAUUUACCUGUUUUACAUUAAUAUAAUUUUACUUGUUUAUGAAACAAAUAAAACCUUGGCUUGUAAAGGGUGCUACCAGCUGUUUAAA